UCACGUGACGAGGUCGCGUGGGCUUGUCUGUGCUCCCCCGCAACCGACCAAAGAACAGCCAUGGCCGAGGCCAACGACUUUCAGCCUGAUGGGGAGACUCUGCAGAUGUUGCGGGACAUGGCCAAUCGCCUGCGAAUCCAUUCCAUCAAGGCCACAAGUACCUGCGGCUCCGGCUACCCUAUGUCUUGCUGUAGUGCGGCCGAGAUCAUGGCCGUCCUCUUCUUCCACACGAUGAGAUACAAACAGACAGACCCAGAGCACCCCGACAACGAUAGGUUCGUUCUCUCCAAGGGCCAUGCAGCGCCAGUCCUCUAUGCCAUUUGGGCCGAGGUGGGCGAUAUCUGCGAAUGUGACUUACUGAGCCUGAGGAAGCUUCACUGCAACUUGGAAGGGCAUCCCACCCCUCGACUGUCGUUUGUGGAUGUGGCAGCAGGGUCCCUUGGGCAAGGAUUAGGUGCUGCGUGCGGAAUGGCUUACACAGGAAGGUACUUCGACAAGGCCAGCUAUCGAGUGUUCUGCCUCAUGGGAGAUGGUGAAUCCGCAGAAGGCUCUGUCUGGGAGGCUUUGGCUUUUGCCUCCCACUUCAAUUUGGACAAUCUCGUGGCUGUCUUCGACGUGAACCGCUUGGGUCAGAGUGGCACCGCUCCCCUGGAGCACCGUACAGAUAUCUAUCAGAAUCGCUGUGAAGCCUUCGGGUGGAAUACUUACAUAGUGGAUGGUCACGACGUGCAGGCAUUGUGCCAAGCAUUUUGGCAAGCAACUCAAGUGAAGAACAGACCUACUGCUGUCAUUGCCAAGACUUUCAAGGGUCGUGGUAUUCCCAACAUUGAGGAUGCAGAAAGUUGUCAUGGAAAGCCAAUGCCUAAAGAGAGAGCAGAGGCAAUUAUUAAACUAAUUGAGAGUCAGAUACAGACCAACCGAAAUCUCACACCCAAACUUCCUAUUGAAGAUUCACCUCAGAUCAACAUCUCUGAUAUAAAAAUGACAUCUCUGCCUGCUUACAAAGUUGGUGAGAAGGUAGCUACUAGGAAAGCAUACGGUAUGGCUCUGGCUAAAUUGGGCCAUGAAUGUGACAGAGUUAUUGCUCUAGAUGGUGACACAAAGAACUCUACCUUUUCUGACAUAUUUAAGAAAGAUCACCCUGAUCGUUUCAUAGAGUGUUUUAUUGCUGAGCAAAACAUGGUAAGUGUGGCAUUGGGCUGUGCCUCACGUGAUCGAACCAUUGUUUUUGUUAGUGCAUUUGCUGCCUUUUUGUCCCGGGCAUUUGAUCAGAUCCGAACGGGAGCCAUCUCUCAAACCAGUAUCAACCUUGUCGGUUCUCACUGUGGGGUAUCUGUUGGUGAAGAUGGACCAUCUCAGAUGGCCCUGGAGGAUCUAGCCAUGUUCCGAAGCAUUCCCAGUUGCACUAUUUUCUAUCCAAGUGAUGCAGUCUCAACAGAGCAUGCUGUUUAUCUGGCUGCCAGUACCAAGGGAGUAUGCUUCAUUCGUAUCAGCCGGCCAGAAACUGCAGUUAUUUAUACCCCACAGGAAAAAUUUGAGAUCGGACAGGCCAAAAUAGUUCGCUCCAGCAUCGAUGACAAGAUCACAGUUCUAGGAGCUGGAAUUACUCUGCAUGAGGCCUUAGCAGCUGCUGAUGAUCUUUCUCAACAAGGUAUUUCUAUUCGAGUCAUUGACCCAUUUACUAUUAAACCUCUGGAUGCUGCCACCAUUAUUUCCAGUGCAAGAGCCACAGGUGGCUGGAUCAUCACAGUGGAAGAUCACUACAAAGAAGGUGGCAUUGGAGAAGCUGUGUGUGCAGCUAUCUCCAGGGAGCCCGACAUCCUUGUUCAUCAGUUGGCAGUCACAGGAGUACCCCAGAGUGGAAAAGCCAGUGAAUUGCUGGAUAUGUUUGGAAUCAGUGCCAAACACAUCAUAGAAGCUGUGAAGUAUAUUUUAAUGAAACAAAAAUAGCUAAUUUCUUAACAGAUCAAAUGUUCAUUUUGAUCUUAAAGCACUGAAAUCUUUGUUAAAUUUACUUGUUAGAAAGCCAUCACUUAUCCAUACAGUCAUGCAUUGUUUUUUUUUUUAAAGCAAAACUACGUAACACUAUUUCUAGUUUUAAAAUUCAGGUAACUUUUCUGUUAAAGUGUGAACAAAUACAGUCAUGAUUCUUAGUUUGAAGCAUUAGAAAGAACUUAAAAUUUGGAGUGGCAGAGUAGGAACUAAAACAACCAUCUAAUACAAAGUUUUCUGCUAAGACUAAAAAUUACUGACUGGAUUGGAGAUUUGUGUAGAAGUAACUGUUUCUUAGAUUAUAUGAUUUCUUUGUGAGUUAAGAAAAUGUGAAUUUAAUUGUAAUACUUCAGUAGUCCACAUUUUGAAGCAAGUUUGAGCUUUCAUAUAUGCUAUCACCAUCGUAUACUUAUAGCUUCCCAGAUGAUGUUUUACUAAUGUUGCCUGGGAGUUUCCUCAAAAUUCAUCCCUCCUCUAAGGUUUAUGGGGUGUAGAGCAGCAAUGAUAUGUACCAUGCUGCCUGUGGAGAUCAUUUCAUAAAGAAAAAGAAAAUGUAGCAAGUUCUAGUCUACAUACUAUGUAUAGUUAUAUGAUAAUUUAAAAUAGACUUUUUUUGGUGAACAAAUUGCUAAAUAGGUUGUAUUCAUCUACAAAGGGUACUAGAGCUGAUGCAACAAAAUAUUUUUUAAAACCUACUUUAUUUCAUGUCUGAUAAACCAUAAAUGAAGAAGAAACUUGUGGCUAAGCUAAAAGUAGAAAAAUGGUAUAUCACCAACAGCAAAUUUGAAAAAAAUAUCAGAGCUCGAGAUAAAUCACUAGAGAGUAAUGGAUAGCCUGAAAAGAGCUAUGUAUCCCUCAGGUAGACUGCUUUUGGUCACAAGUAUAUAUAUCACAUACUUGAAAUGUAAAAAAGAAGUAACAUAAUUAAAAAUGA